UUCGUUGUCGAAGAGUUGGCCCGAAGUGCACAACAAGAGUCCAUCAAAUGGGCGAUCAGUGGAAGGAGUCGUGAGAAGUUGGCUAAAGUGUUGACCACUGCGAGCGCCGAGACUGGUAUAGACGUGACAAACAUUCCCACCAUUGAAGCCGAUGUCCAGUCGGAAGAGUCUCUGCGGGCAAUGACUUCACGGACUCGACUUGUGUUGAAUACUGUCGGCCCGUUUCAGUUCUUCGGCGAACAGGUGGUGAAGGCGUGCAUUGCGUCGGUGACCAAUCAUCUGGACAUUAGUGGCUCUCAAUACUACAUGGAGUCAAUGCAAUUGAAGUAUAAUAAGGCGGCCCAAGAGAAAGGCAUAUACAUUGCCAGUGCCUGCGGUUGGGAUAGUAUUCCUUUCCUUAAGAAGCACUUCAAUGGAGAACUCAAUUCUGUGGAAACUUUUUUCACGUUGAAUACAGGACCUAAAGGAUUGGCCACAAAUGUCGGUACCUUUCAAUCGGCAAUUCAUGGAAUCGCCGACAAAAAUAAGCUGAAAGUUAUUCGGAGUAAACUCUAUCGAGAAAUAUGCGCUAAACCUCUGCCGCAAACCAAGUUUCCAUUGGUUAAAAAAUCGAUGCCAUUCCGGUCGGAGUACGUGAGGGGUUGGUGUGUGCCGUUUCCCGGCUGCGAUCCGUUUGUUGUUCAACGGACUCAACGAUAUAAAUACGAGAAAUGCAAUGAAAGGCCGACACAAAUCGAGUCCUACUUAAUCGCCGACACUUUCGUUCAACUCAUAGGCCUUAUAACUCUGGGCGCAGUCAUAGCAGUGAUGGCGCCCUUCCGUUGGGGCCGAUCUCUACUCGAGUCCUAUCCGUCGGUCUUCUCGUUCGGCAGAUUUACAAAGACUGGUCCGACACGCGAGCAGAUAAUGGCCGCAACCUUUAGAUUACUUAUUGUAGGCAAAGGUUGGAGCGAGAAGUUGUCCGAACCCACCGACGAGCCCACGGAGACGCCCAAUAAGACUGUUAUGGUUGAAGUGACCGGUUUUGAUCCGGGAUAUCGGGCCACCAGUACUUGUUUGGUUCAGUCGGGCAUUACGUUAAUCAAAGAAUUGGAUAAAUUGCCAGAAAAAGGCGGUGUGUUUACUCCGGGCUUACUAUUCGAAGGCACCGUUUGUAAAACACAACUCAAUAAUCGAGUGACCAAAAUGUCGAUCACAUUUAAUUAUGCGGGAAAAGUAGUGCUGAUCACGGGCUCGAGUUCGGGCAUCGGUGCCGCCACUGCCGCACUGUUUGCGUCGGCCGGCGCUCAGGUGGUCGUCACCGGACGUAAUGUGGAGAACAUCGCCGAA